AAGACGGGGGUGGGUAUGGGUCGAGAAAUUUGCAUUGAAAUAUAUAGGUCGUAAACGGGCUAAGUGGGUCAAUUGCGGUCGGACCAUAUAUGACUCAACUCUAACCCGACCCACUCGUUUGACAGGUCUAGUUGUCAUGCAUGCGUAUCAGGCAUGGGUAUUUGUUGUUCUGACUGGGUUCUGUUUGAUUGGAUUAAGCAGCGAUUGAAGCGGAAACUGUGUGAUUGACGCAGCUUCUUCUCUGUCAAUUGACAGUGGCGACGAGCGUGGGUGUAGAGUAAACUAGGGAAGCAUGGAGAGAGAGCCGCUGGCAAAGUCGCGUCGCGAGAAGCGAAAAGAAGCUCGGUCGGCCAAGAAGGACCAGAAGCACCAAUCCUGGAUGCAACAUCAGAAGUCUCAGAAACUGAAGAAGAAUUUGGUAGCUUCAAAGUCGAACAGUGGUCAAAAAUCGAAAUAUGCUCCGUCUCAUAGUUCUGUGGCGGUUGGAAAUUUUCAAACUGGCAGUGACUCUAAGAAAACCCUAAAGUUGGAGAAUGCUAAUGUGCUGACUGAUCUAAAGGUUAAGCUUGAGUCUUCGUUGAAGGACAAUUCUGAUUUGUUGAAGUCCAGCAAAGUGAAGAAUAAUGUGAAGAGAAAAUCGAAGACUAAGUUCGAAGAGUAUCUUGAACACGAUAUGCGGAAAGCUGCUAUAUCUGCCGAUGAGGAUUUGAAAUUGGAAAGGAAGCUUGCCAAGAAGCUCAAGGUGAACGAUGGAAAGCUACGUGGGUCAGACGAUGGAAUGAAUAUGUUAUUUAAAGGAAUUCCUUCUAUUCUUGAUUCUUUUGAACAAGAAACACCAGACUUAAGAGAAAAUCAUAGCGAAAGAUAUGAAGGUAAAUCUUCAGGGGAAAAAAGUGAAAGGUCCAACUUAGAGCAUAUGCAGGAUGAUGGAAAAGCUGAUUAUGUUAAGGCUGGAGCCUGUGACUCAGUAGAACCCUCUUCUGCUGAGGUGGAUUUGGAGGAUUUUCCUGCCGAGGCACCUACUAGGAAGAAAAGGAAGAAGAGUAAAACAACAAAGGAAGAUGAAUCAGACUUUAGCAUCUGUAUGACAGAGACCUCUGCAGGAGAGGUUGCUAGGGAGGGAGAUCCUAUAAAUCCGACCUUGUCUGAGAGUAAGGCAAAAUACGUUGCACCGCAUUUGAGAUCGCAUGCUGGAAGUGAGUCGGAAGAGCAUAAGCAGCUCCGAAGGAGGGUACGAGGUCUUCUAAAUAGGUUGUCUGAAUCUAACGUGGAAUCCAUCACUGGGGAAAUAGCCACACUCUAUUCCUCAGUUGGCCGCACGGCCGGUUCCAAUAUUAUCACCGAAGAGGUUUUGGCAUCUUGUUCUGGAGGUCCUCGUGGCAAUGAACAGUAUGCCGCCGUUUUUGCAUCCUUUGUUGCGGGUAUGGCUUGUUCAGUUGGGAUGGACUUCAGUGCAAAGCUCGUUGCUUCUCUCGCAAAAUAUUUUGAGAAUGAGUUCCUAAAAGCAGACAAUCUUUCCCUGCGGAAUCUGACUCUCUUGCUCUCCUAUCUGUGCGUAUUUGGAGUUUGUUCAAGUGACUUGAUAUAUGAUUUUCUGAUCAUGUUGAGCAAAAGGUUGACAGAGAUUGAUGUCUCUACUAUCCUGACGAUCUUGCAAUGCUGUGGAAUGAAAAUAAGAGGUGAUGAUCCUGGUGCCAUGAAAAGUUUCAUCGCUAGUGUUCAAAAUAGGGUGAAUGAGUUGAAGGCCUCUCCUGAUGAAGGCGAGAAAAAUAUCAAUAGUAAAAGAAUGGAGUUCAUGCUUGAUACCAUUUGUGAUAUAAAAAACAACAAGAAAAGGACGAAGGAGGAUCCUGCGCCGCACACAAGGAUUAAGAAAUGGCUGCAGAAGUUAGGGAUAGAGAAUGCUCUACUCAGGGGAAUCAAGUGGAGCAAAUUGCUUGAUCCAGACAAGAAAGGCCAAUGGUGGCUGUCAGGGGACAUGGCUUCUAAAACUGACGAUGUUGUCGAGGUUGCAAACACUAUCGACAAAGAGGUCGCGGAAACGCAAAAAAUGCUGCAGCUUGCCUCUGCCCAGAGAAUGAAUACAGAUGCCAGAAGGGCAAUAUUCUGUAUAAUAAUGAGCGGAGAGGACUAUAUUGAUGCAUUUGAGAAACUUUUGAGGUUGGAUUUACCUGGAAAACAGGACAGAGAAAUUAUGCGGGUUCUUGUGGAGUGCUGUUUGCAGGAGAAAGUGUUUAACAGAUAUUAUAAAGUUCUGGCUGCUAAGUUAUGUGAGCAUGACAAGAACCACAAGUUCACUCUGCAGUUCUGCCUUUGGGAUCACUUUAAAGAGCUGGAGUCGUUGCAACUCUUGAGAUCCAUGCACCUGGCAAAGUUCGUGGCAGAGAUGGUGGCCUCAUUUACCCUGUCACUUUCCCUUUUGAAAACGGUAGAUUUCAGCGAUGCCAGGCAACUAACGGCGAAACGGAUCAUUCACUUCCGGGUGCUGUUUGAGGUGAUGUUCGAGCAACCAGACAGUCUGAUUUGGAACAUAUUUACGCGGGUUGCAGUGAGUCCAGAGCUCGAGACUCUUCGAUUGGGCAUCGAGUUCUUUAUUCGGGAAUAUGUGGUCAGUAGCAAUAGAGCUCUCAGUGGAAAAUUUAAGAUUGUGAAGAAGGCUCUCAAUAAUGUCGAGGGCAUACUCAUGUGAUGUUUUUCCUCUUUUUAGAGGCAAAAUCCUCCUUUUCCAUUUGACGAUUAUGGGGGCAGAGUCUUCCUUUGAGUUUGUUACAUGCCUUUUCGGCAUGGCCAAAAUUUUGGGGCUUAAAUUAGGUUGUAGUUCAGAAGGUAUUUCGUAUA